AUCCAAUUUCUACAAGAAAUAAUGAUGGUAACGUUACAACAAGCGACAAUGUUUCUUCGCUGGAAAUAAAGCCGAGCGAAGCUAGUUCUGUUCAUGUCCAAAUUCCAAUAAAAAAAGUGUUGAAUGCGACAAAAAUUAGUGGAAAACAAGUAUCCAAACUAACCGUGGUUGUAGCAUUAUGGAAAGACAUGAGUACUAUGCCUAGAAACUUGACGCGGUCAGAUGCUAGAAUACCGGAAAAUGUAACUGCUGUGACGGUUGCUUAUUAUCGCGAAAAUGAUAAAUUGGAUAUGAUCAAAGAAAGUUUACCAGUUACUUAUUCUGUGGAUCUCCAAAAUGACUUCACCGAACUUGAAGGCUUGAAAUCCAACGAAAGAAUCAAAAAUGUUCAGCGAGUGUGCGUCUGGUUCGAUUUCACAACAACCGGAACGUGGAGUGACAAAGGAUGCCGAUCCACGAAAUCAAAUGCCGGCGGAGUGACGUGCGAGUGCGAACACACGACGACCUUCGUGACUUUAUUAAUGUUGAAUAGUUCGGUGGUUAUGCCGGCCGAGGUUCAUUAUAUCUCUCUGGCUUUUGAGAUUGCAAGCAUAUGCUGCUUGUUACUUACAGUUUUAUUUAUAUUGAUUGCGAGACACGGGGCUGGUAUUGAUUCCACAUUCGCACCAAAAGCAACAGGUAUGAACUCGAACCGAACAAACUCGCAAGUUAGUCUUUGUGUUUCGUUACUGUGUCUCCACUUAGUUAUAGUUUGGAGCGAUUUCGCAAGAAACCAUAAUGAUAACGGAUGUGUAGCAGCCACCAUAAUGACUCAUUACUUCCUACUUGCCACGGGCUUUUGGUCCUUUUGCGAAGGACUCGGAAUAUUCGUGAAGAUGUUUCCGAAACUAACAUUGAACGUGGAAUAUCCUACUUUGACAAUAGUGCAAACUGUAUUUGCUUGGUGUGCGCCUCUAGUUUUUACGGUACCUGCGGCAGCAUACGGGAUAUCAAACAACAAGUAUAUCGAUUUGGCUGAAGCCUAUAAAAUUACUCUACAGAAAUCACAAAAUACAUCAUAUUCAACGCCAAUGUAUGAAAGAUGUUGGCUGAGUGCUGACAGCGGAAUUGUAUGGACUGCUGUUGGUCCAAUUAUAUUUGUCGUUGUGGCAAAUAUAGCUAUUUUGUGCUACAUAACAAAAGGUGUUAUGAAGAUGAAUAGAAAAAUUCAAACUUACCGAGUGAGAAACUUUGAAUCGAGCAACACUCAAUACGGUUACUCAAAUGGGAACGCCGUCCAAAGUCGUGGCAGUACACCCCCGCCACGAUAUCGAUCUUCGGUCACAUCGAUUGGUAGCGGUGCCAUACCUCUUGGGUCGGCUGCCAGACAAAAAAGACAUGUGAAACAUAUGCUAUCUGUGACUCGAACAUUUGCAAUAUUAAUGCCAGUUCUUGCAAUUCCGUGGAUACUGGGUAUUCUAGGUAAUAUACCUGGUGCGACCACUACUCUUCUAACAGCACAUACCGUAGUAAAUGGCCUCCAAGGACUUCAAAUAUUUUUAUUGUAUUGCGUUGUGAACAAAGCGGACUGGAGAAUUGUUAAAAGAAAAUGGAGGAACAGUGAUGUUCGAUUUUUAUUUACACAUCAUCGACAUAAUAGACGGGAAUCCGUCAUAACAAACUCGGCGCGAGUGGUCGUAUAUGAUGCAAAAAAGAACAACCCGAAGAUAGAUUCUAAUGCAAAUACAUACCUUAGCGCAUCGUGGAAGCCAGUGCCCAAUACACACUACGACACUUUGAGCAGUUGUAGGUCUAGCACCGGAACUGUAAAUAGCGCCCAUAGUCCAGGUAGCUCAUUGGAAAGAAAGCCGCUGCGUUAA